AUGCCCGAUCAGGGCCUGUGCGUACAGGUAUUUGGCAAGGUUGACGAUAAUGACGUAGAGAUCCUGCGCUUUGACUGCUUCGAUCAGUUGCCUCAUUACCACUAUGGCCCCGCUAACAACAACAUUCGGUUGAACAUGGACAAGACCACCGUUGGCACCCCCUUCGGCUGGACCAUGGGCCACCUUCGGACCAAGCUCCCCGAGAUGAUUCGCCGCUCCGGUUACGAGGCCUUGGCCGACGCCGUGGCAGCCAAUCCUGUCUCGGAAUCUACCCUGGACGAGAUCGAGGCCCAGGGCCGCCAGAUGGCCGUAAACCAGCGCCGCACGGUAGCGCAUAAGUUCGAGCGAAUGCUGGAAGACGAUGUUUACACCGUCGGCAACCUGCGCAUCGGACUGGAAUACCGGUUUGCUGGCAAUUCCGAAGGUCUCGCGAUUCACGUCCUUUCCGACGUGGCCGACCAGACCGUGGAGCUGUUGGCCUUCGACUGCUUCCUUAACGGCCCCCACUAUCACUACGGUCCCCGGAACCAGGACAUUCGCAUUUACUGGGACACCACCACCUCCGGCGAGACCUUGCGCUGGACGCUGGACCAGUUCUAUGCCGGCAACCUGAGGGGUAUGAUCGAGCGCGCAGGUUACCCCACCAUCGCCAAUGAUGUUGACGAGAACCUGCUCCAGGCCACCAUGCCUGCCAUCGAAAAGCGUGCCCUCGAGUUGGUCGAGGAAAACCGUGGUGGCAAUGAUCCCAAGGCCGCCCUGUUGAAGGAAAUCGAGACCCUGCGGGAGCGCGUCGCUGCCCUGUAG